AUGGACACGAAUCUAUCGCUUUAUAAUAACAGGUUGGUGUGAAAAACUUUGUCCUUAACAAAAAAAAAUAGCAUUUUUGAAAAAGAUCACGGUGAGAUGAUGGAAAAGUGAUGUGUUUUAUCGUCAUUUUCUUCUCGUGAGAUCGGUCAGGAAGGUGAAAAGAGUAAAACACAAAAAUGGCCAGAAAAAUUGUAAAAUUUGUUUAAAAUUGAAAGACGCCUGAAGAAAUAUUUUCAUAUUAUCAAAAUAAAAAAAUUUGGCAAAAAAACAGAAAUUCAAAUGACACUCUUCCCAAGUACGGUGUUUCUUUCAGUCGCUGCGAGACUCAUAUAUGUGCGUCUUUGACUUUGUUUCUCUGCCCAAUGGUGUGGCGGUGUUAGUGACGCACAGGAAUACCGUACUUGGGGAAAUUUCUCUUUUUUUGCCAAUUUUUUUUACUUUGAUAAUAAAUCCUAUAAUUUUUGUAGUUUUGUGGGAAAAUCUGGUUAAAAAAAGUAAUUCUAUAUUUUUCGAACAAAAAUUGAAAAAAUAAUUUAAAUUGCAUUUACAAUUGAAGUUUAAAUUAUUUUAAAGCUCGAAAAAUGACCCAAGAUAUUUUGGCCUAAAAAUUUACAGGAAACUUUUUAUAACCAAAAUUUCAUUUUUUCUCUAACAAUAAGAUUUUUUCUGUAAUUCUGGCCAAUUAUUCCAAAAAAUAUAGUUAUGACGUGGCAAAAUUGUCUAGUUUGCAAUGUUUUUGAAAUAAAAUUCAAAAAUAUGUAUAUUGCCUGCGAAAUUAUUCAUCGUCCCAAAAUUCACUUUGCCACGUCAUAACUAUAUUUUUGCUUUUUGAGCUGCCAGAGUUACAGAAAAAGUUUAUUGUUAGAGAAAGACUGAAAUUUUGGUUAUAAGAAUUUUUCUGUAAAUUUUUAAGCCAAAAUCUCUUGGAUUUUUUCAUUUUCAAGCUUUAGAAUAAUUGAAUUGCAAACAAAAUUCAAACUAUUUUUUAAUUUUUGUCCAAAAAAACCAGAUUUUUCCCACAAAACUAUACGGAAAUUAUAACUUUUCCUCAUAUAUUUCCCCCUCUCAAGGUUCUCCAUUUCUUUAUCAAUUUUUUUGCAUCGUCUCGCCACGUCAUAAUCAAUUUUUCGCCGUUUCAUUGAUUUUCUUUUCAAUUUAUUAUUUUCCCCACAAAAAAAACAAAACAAAAACGAUCUUUUGAUUUUUAAAAAAGAAAAAUGUUUCAUUUUUAUUUUGUAACAGCGAGAGAGCGAGCGAAAAAACAAAAGAAAAAAUCGAUAGUGUUCUGUUUUACACAAUUUCAUUCAUUGACUUAUAUAGAAAUGAAAUGUUUUGAAUGUUUGAUUUUUUGAGAGUUUGCGCGCGCGAAAACCGCAUGUCCGACCAAAAAAUAGUAUCACCGAAGAAAAUUUUUCAUUUUUCACAGUUGUUCCCCCCAACAAAAUUCGCCGGCUGUGAAAAAACGUCCACGAUUAUCGCCGCCAUUUCCAAAUAUGCCUGAGAUAUUCGACACUUCCACACCACCAUCGCAAAUACUUCGAGGAGAAACAUCGAGAGACGAUUCAACAUCGGCUUGUACUUCAACUUUGAAAGGUGUUGUGAGUGCAGCUGGUGCGGCACAAAUGUCAACAACUUCUUCUUCAACUUCCUCAGUUCCAUCAUCGAUCGAAUUUCUUCACCCGAAAACUGAAGAUGAUCUGAUUGAGAUACCGAACUCGAAUAACAUUUCUUUUCAAUUAGGUGAGUUCAAAAGAUCAAAAACGAGGGAGAGGGGGUUUCCCCAUGAAGAGACGGAGGGGUGAAAAUAAAAUUUUAUUAUCCGGAUAGGGGGGGGCAUAAAGCCGUGUUUGGGGGGGGGGAGGGUUUACUUUAGGUGGAUUUUUGAAGGUAGGGCACUUUUAGAGGCCAAAAACCCACAGAAAGUUGGUUAGGGGGUUAACUUUAUUGAAAAUAUUUCCUGGAAGGGGUUAUUUCAAGGGUCCCCGGAGCGACUGGUUCAUGCAUUGACUUAAAAUUAUCCGGAGGGGGGGGGGUUAACUUUAGGUGGAUUUUUGAAGGUAGGGCUCUUAACUUUUGAAAAUUUUUGAGUUUUUCAUGAUUUUUGUGGCCAAAACCCACAAAAAUCGGUUGGGGUAAGGGCCCCCGGUAUCAUUUCAUGGACCAACCUAACAACGCGAAUUUCUGGAACCUAUAUAGUAUUUCUGAGUUGUGCUAACUCAAACUCUCAAAACCUGUUAUACAUAUUUAACAUUAUUUCCAAUUACAUAGUUGAGGUCAAAAGAUCAUUCACAAGACGAGAGAUUUCCUCUUAUAGAGACGCAGGGGUAGAGCCUUUUUGUUUCCGAUGAAUCUUGAAUGGAAAUGGAAGGGGGGGGGCUAUUUUUGGGUAGGGCAUUUAUGAACUGGUCGCUCCAGGGACCCUUUAGUUAACCCCCCGUGGAUUUUUGGCCAAAAAGCAUGAAAUACUCCAAAAUUUUCAAAAGUUAAGCGCCCUACCUUCAAAAAUCCUUCUAAAAUUAACCCCCGAUACUGGGGUAAAGGGCCCCCAGUAUCAUUUUGCUCCGGGGGCCCUUGAGUUAACCUACCUAACCAAUUUCUGUGAAUUUUUGCCUAAAAUACUCGAAAAUUUUUAUAAGUUAAGGGCCCUACCUUCAAAAACCCCCGUUACUGGGGUAAAGGGCCCCCCCCUAUCAGUUCGUGGACCCACGUAUCAACGUAUAGUAUUUCUGACUUGUGGGAACUAAAACCUGUUAUAAGUAACAUUCUCUUCAAUUAUGUGAGGUCAAAAGAUCAGCGAGAGGGUAUUUCCCCUUAUAGAGACGCAGGGGUAGAAAUAAAUAUACAACCGGGUCACCCCCUUUUAUGCAAAUAUUGUAUUUAUUAUAUGAUGAUUGUUUUAGGUAUGAAAUGUCGUGUUUGUGGAGAUUCCCGUGCUGGAAGACAUUAUGGAACGAUUGCCUGUAACGGGUGUAAGGGAUUUUUCCGCAGGAGUAUUUGGGAACAACGAGAUUAUCAAUGUCGAUUUGGUGGGAAAUGUAUUAUUGUGCAAGAGUAUCGGAAUAGAUGUAGAGCGUGUCGAUUGAGGAAAUGUUUUAAUGUUGGAAUGGAUGCUAGAGGUAUGUUUUGUGUGCAUUUUUGCGUCACAAGAUCAGGAAUUUUGAAAAAUUCAGCAAAAAUGUGGUUAAAUCUUUUUUUGUCGGAGAAAAUUGAAAAAAAACUAAAUUUGAUAUUGUCAAAGUUGAAAAUGUGUGGCAGCCGUAAAAAAUAAAAAAAACCAGUGCAGAAUUGAAUAAUGUUCGUCAGACGCGUGCGGCUGUGCGUCGCGGUCAGAAAGCAAAGGGAAAAACCGCGACGCAUAGCCGCACGCGACUGACUAACUAAUGUUUUUUCACUCAUUCAUUUCUGCACUGGGACAAUAUCAAAUUUAGUUUUUUUUUCAAAUUUUCCCCGAUGAAAAACAAGUUUUUGCUGAAUUUUACAAAAAAUUUAAAAAAAAAAAUUAAAAUAUUUUUUUGAAAAAAAAUGUCAAAAAUUUUUUUUUUCAAAUCGAAUCACCUUAAAUGUCCAAAUUUUCAUUGAAUUUGAAAUCUUCCUAUUUAUGGCGUGGCAAAAAAAUAAAAUUCAAGUUGAAAAUUAUUUUGAACUUCCCAGGAAUUUUCAAAAAAAAAAAAUUUUGAGAAAAAUUUAAAGCAGUAACUUUUUUUCGAGAAUGAAACGUGGAAAAAACUGUCUUCCUAAUUGCCACGUCAGUACACCUGAAAAUUAAAAAUUUAACUUUAAAAAAAUUCUGAAUUUUCCAGCUGUUCAAUCCGAACGCGACAAACACAAGAAAAACCCGCGAGACGACGAUUCACCGGAAUUCUCGAAUUCCCCAUCUGCCACCACACUUAUCUCAAUUCCAAGCACAUCAUCCGCUUCCGCUUCCGCACUCCCACCCGCAACAUCAAUCUCAUUCGCCAAACCGCAACCCGUGCCAAAACCAUCAUAUAUGAAAAAUGAGGUUUUGAAUUAUCAUCAUCAAGAAAUGCCGCGAUAUAUUCAUUUGGUGCAAUAUUUGAUAGAUUUAGAGCAGGCCACGGAUAAUAUGAUCGAUGAGGAUUGCGAUUUUAUGCGACUCGAAUUCGAUAAAUUAUGUCGAGUUGAUGUAACUAUUGAGGCCGCUUUCAGGCAGCCCGGAAUUGUUGCAAAACGAACACCGCCACGUUGGUUGGCUGUUGAAAGAUUGACAACAUUGGAAGAUGUUCAUAUCGCAUGGUGUCGAUCUUUUGUGCUGUGCCUAGAUUGGGCUAAGAUCAUGAAUGAUUAUCAAGAACUCUCCCCAUCUGAUCAAUAUACUUUGCUACGAAAUCGUGUUGUAUCGGUGAAUUGGCUUUGUCAUACUUAUAAAACAUUUCAAUCGGGAUGUGAUGGUGUUGCUUUGGUGAAUGGAAGUUGGUAUCCGAGAGAUCGAGAAUUGCAGAAGCAGUUGGAUCCGGGAUGCAAUCAUUAUUUCUCGAUUUUGAGCGAACAUUUGAUGGAGGAUUUGGUGAUUCCGAUGAGAGAAAUGAAUAUGGAUGAGGGGGAAUUUGUGUUGUUGAAAGCGUUGAUUUUGUUUAGAGCUCGUGAGUUUGGGAUGGGGUUCUGAAAAAAACUGAAUUCUGAAAAUUUUGAUCUUGAAUUUCGAUUUUAAAGAAAAAAAUAUCAUUCAAUGUCACAAUUUUUGAAAUAAAAAAAUUUAUUUUUUUUUGGAAAAAAACCCGAAUUCUGGAAAUUUAUCAGAUUUCUUUCUUGAAUUUCGAUUUUAAAGAAAAAACUUUUGAAGUUUAAAAAAAAUCAAUAAAAAAAAUUUUUUUUGGAAAUAUAUUUCUGAAAAUUUUGCCAGUUUUUUUUUUGAAAAUUGAUCAGAUUUUUUUUUUCGAUUUUCGGAUCUUUGAUUUUUGAACAAAAAUAUCAGAAAGUCACAAUUUUUUUUUUAAUUUUAAAUCGGCCUCCUGACUUUAAAAUUCCUUUAAAAAUUUGGCCACAGUUUUUUUGGAAGAAAAAAGGAUAUUUGAUUUUUGAACAAAAUUAUCAUUCAAUUUUGAAAAUCAAAAAUUUGAUUUUUUGAAAUUUUUGAUUUUUUGAAAAAAAAACCGAAAUCUGAAAAUUAAUCAGAUUUAUUUCUUGUAUUUCGAUUUUAAAGAAAAAAAUUAUCAUUCAAUUUUGAAAAUCACAAUUUUUUGAUUCUUGAAAUUUUUGAUUUUUUGAAAAAAAAACCGAAAUCUGGAAAUUGACCAGAUUUCUUUUGGGUCUUUUGAUUUUUGAACAAAAAUAUCAGAAAUUCACAAUUUUUUGCUUCUUGAAAAAUCGCCUUCCUGGAUUUUGAAAUUUAAAAAAUUCUGAAAAAAAUCGAGAACAAUUUUAAAAAUUUCUGAAUUUGGCCACAGUUUUUUUUUUAAAUAAAAACCGAAAUCUGAAAAUUGAUCAGAUUUCUUUCUUGAAUUUCGAUUCUAACCAAAAAUUAUCAUUCAAUUUUGAAAAUCACAAUUUUUUGAUUCUUGAAAUUUUUGAUUUUUGAAAAAAAAACCGAAAUCUGGAAAUUGACCAGAUUUCUUUUGGGUCUUUGAUUUUUGAACAAAAAUAUCAGAAAUUCACAAUUUUUUGCUUCUUGAAAAAUCGCCUUCCUGGAUUUUGAAAUUUAAAAAAAUUCUGAAAAAAAUCGAGAACAAUUUUAAAAAUUUCUGAAUUUGGCCACAGUUUUUUUUUUAAAUAAAAACCGAAAUCUGAAAAUUGAUCAGAUUUCUUUCUUGAAUUUCGAUUCUAACCAAAAAUUAUCAUUCAAUUUUGAAAAUCACAAAUUAUAUUUUUUGAAAAAUCCUCGAAUCUUCAAAAAUUGAUAAGAUUUCUUGAAUUUUGAUUUUCGGAUCUUUGAUUUUCUCAUUUUGAUCUUCACAAAAAUCCUAAAAAUCAACCCAUCAUUUUUGCAGACCGCCGACUUUCCGAAGAGGGAAAAGCGCAUGUGAAACGAGUUCGCGACAAAUACAUCGAAGCACUUUAUCAGCAUGUACAAACUGAACAUCGACAUUUUUCGCCACUCCAAACUUCGAUGCGAAUCUCGAAGAUUCUUUUACUUCUACCAAGCAUCGAACAUUUGUCACAACAAGAAGAUGAUAAUGUACAAUUUUUGGCACUUUUCAAUUUGGCCAAUUUGAAUGGACUUCCCUAUGAAUUGCAUUCUUCUAUCAAACAACAUAUACCUGAAGAUGAUGAUGACGAUACACAGGUGAAAUAUCAUUUUGAACUUUUGAUUUUUUGGCAUGCGCGGAAAAGUUAUGCUGAAAAAUUAUUUUAUUCUGAUCGAAAAUCAGAAAAAAAAAAUUAUUUCGAAGCGAUAACUAAAAAUUAAAGAUUCUGGGAAUACUGUAGGGAAUACUGUAAUAAUGAUUUUCAGAAUUUGUAGUUUACUGAAACUGAAAAUUCUAAUUUGUCGCAAAAAAUACAAGAAUCUGUGCCUAGGAAACCUAAUUUUCAACAGUUAAGCCUUAAGAACCUAGUUUUCAAGUAGCUGAGCCUUGAGAACCUAAUUAUCAAGUAGCCGAGCCUAGAAAGCAUGGUUUUCAAGUAGCCGAGCCUUCAAAACAUAAUUGUCUAGGAGCCGCGCCUAGAGAUCCACUAUGGCAAGGAGCUGCGCCUUGAGAACUAUUUUGGCAAGGAACCACGUCUAGAGACCCUAGUUCUCAAGCAGCAGAGCCUAGAAAACCUAGUUUUCAAGUAGCUGAGCCUUCAAAACCGAAUUGUCUAGGAGCCACGUUUAGAGAUCCACUCUGACAAGGAGAUACGCCUUGAGAACCUAAUUAUGGCAAGCAGUCGCUCCUUGAUACCUUCUUCGUCAAGUAGCCAAGCCUUGAAGCACUAGUUUUCAAGUAUCUGAGCUUUGAAAACCUAAUUGUCUAAGAGCCGCGUCUAGAAAUGCACUCUGACAAGGAGCUGCGCCUUGAGAAGCACUGUGGCUAGGAACCAAGUCUAGAAAACCUAGCUCUCAAGCAGCUGAGCCUUCAAAACCUAAUUGUCUAGGAGUCGCGUCUAGAAAUUCACUCUGACAAGAAGCUGCGCCUUGAGAACCACUCUGGCAAGGAUCCACGCCUAGAAAGGGUAGUUCUCAAGCAGCUGAGCCUAGAGAACCUGAUUUUGGCUAGGACCCGCGGGAAAAUUGAAGAUCACAAAGAUUGUCUGAAAAUCUAUUUCUUAUUCAAAAUCCUGUAAUGUUCUAGGUAAAUGAAGUGACGUCAAACAACGAUGGACCACGAAGUAGCGAUUCAUCAUCAGAUCAUGCAUAUAAUAAUAUGUCAAUGCCAUAUCACUUAUAA